AUGGGCAGGAUCAAGAAGAAGGGCACCUCGGGCGCCACCAACAACUACCUCACCCGCUCCCAAGCCGUGCGCAAACUCCAACUGCCUCUGGGCGACUUCCGCCGCCUGUGCAUCUUCAAGGGCGUCUACCCCCGCGAUCCCUCUUCUCGCUCUAAGAAGCGCAUCUCCAAGUCCGCCACUCCUUCCACCACCUUCUACUAUGCAAAAGACAUCCAAUACCUGCUCCAUGAGCCACUGCUCGCCCAGCUGCGCGAGAAGAAGGCGCUGGAGAAGAAGAUUGCCAAAGCUCUAGGCAGAGGUGAUCUCACCGAUGCUUCAAGAUGGGAGCGUGAGCACAUGCCGCGCAUGCGUCUGGAUCAUAUCGUAAAGGAGCGGUAUCCUACUUUCGUGGACGCCCUGCGCGAUCUGGACGAUGCCCUGUCGAUGCUCUAUCUUUUUGCCUCCAUCCCGAGUACCCCCGACGUUCCACCGAGCCUCAUUGCGCGCUGCCACCGCCUCACCCUGGAGUGGGAGCACUACCUCAUUCGCUCCAACACCCUCCGCAAAUCUUUCCUUUCCAUCAAGGGCAUAUAUUACCAGGCCACCAUUCAAGGCCAGGACAUCCUAUGGCUCGUACCCUACAAGUUCGUCAUGGGUGCUGGACGGACUGGGGAUGCCGGCGGUGAUUUGGUGGACUGGAGGAUUAUGAGGACCUUUGUCGAGUUCUACACCACUUUGCUUGGGUUUGUGAACUUCAGACUCUUCACCGCUGCGGGUGUUGUCUACCCUCCGAAAUUUGAUGUCGAGGCGGGCGAAAAGGGUGCGGAACUCGGUGCUGUCAAACUAGAAGGAAGAGAUGCAAGCGAGCAGGAGAGAAUCGAGAGUAGGGAGGAUGUCGAAGGAAAUGAGAGAGCGCAAGCCGAAGCCGAUCGGCUGCUCUCGCUCCCCGCCGAUGAACCUUCCGAUGAACAGUCCGAUGCACCCAAUGGCGACUUGACCACCACAGAAGACGCACCUACGCAGACACUGGACGAAUUCCAGUCCGUCGACCCUCAGGCCGAUACACUCCUCCAACCCUCCCCGACCGCAGACGCAUCGGUAGCAAGCCACCUCUUCGAACCCUUCACCUUCUUCCUCUCCCGCGAGACUCCACGCCACCCCAUCGAAUUCCUACUCAAAGCCUUCGGCUGCAAGCGCGUAGGCUGGGACACUACGCUGGGCAGCGAUCCAGGCUCCUACUGCUCCGAAGACGACGCGAGAAUCACGCAUCAAAUCGUGGAUCGGCCUGAUCUGCCUCUGCCUUCGCCACCAGCAACGGACGACGAUGAGGAAGCAGGGGCGUGGGAGGCGCGGAAGAAGCUUCUCGAACGCGUGCCCGGUCGGAUCUAUGUGCAGCCGCAGUGGGUGUGGGAUUGCGUGAAUGCGGGUGUACUGCAGAGACCCGACUUGUAUGCGCCGGGUGCUACGCUGCCGCCGCAUUUGAGUCCAUGGGUGAAGGUCAAGCGGGGAGAGUAUGAUCCUACGGUCCCGCUUGCGGAGCAGAACGGUGCAGAGGUCAUUGAGGACGAUGACGAGGAGAUUGAAGAGGGCAGCGAAGGAGAAGAAGUCGACGGAGUAAGAGGGGAUGAAGAGGCGAGGGAAUUGGAGGAAGAGCUCGUAGAUGACGAGGAAGAAGAGGCGGACGACGGAGGCAUGGACAUCGAACUGGCCGGAUCUGACGACGACGAAGAAAACGAGGCUCCCACCAAACAAGCCCCCGACGACUGGGCCGGUUUCUCAGGCGACGAAGAAGACGCCGACGUCGACGACUCCGCCCGCCAAACCCAGCUCGAACUGGAAGCCGAAGCCCUCGGCCGCAACGCGGAUGAGAUUGCUGCAGCGAGCAAGUCGAGCACAUCGACCGAGGCCAAGAGGGCGGCUCGCUCGCGCGCCGAGCGCGAGAAGCAGGAGGAGGUGGAGAGGCGGAAGGGCAUGAUGUCGCGCAAGAAGCGCAAGAUUUUCGAAAAGAUGGAGUUUUCGAAUGCACGGCGGGAUGAGAAGGCGGAGGGCCUGCGGGCGAAGAAGAGGCGGAUUGAGAAGGCUGCUUCGUCGGGGGCGAAGUAG